GUUUUCACAGGGAACAGCAACGCUGACAGUGUGGUUCACCACAAAUUUCUGCACUCCAUGAAAGCCCGCUUCUUGCGCUUCAUCCCUCUGAAGUGGAACGUUGGUGGGCGGAUAGGACUGAGAGUUGAGGUCUUCGGCUGCUCCUAUAAGUCAGAUAUUGCAGACUUCGAUGGCAGAAGUUCACUCCUGUACAGGUUUAAUCAGAAGCUUAUGAGCACAUUCAAAGAUGUGGUUUCCUUGAAGUUCAAGAGCAUGCAGGGUGAUGGAGUCUUAUUCCAUGGAGAAGGACAGCGUGGGGACUACAUUACUUUGGAACUGCAGAAAGGGAAGCUCUCCUUGCACAUCAACCUGGGGGACUCCAAUUUGCACUUCAGUAACAGCCACACGUCUGUCACCCUGGGCAGCCUCCUGGAUGACCAGCACUGGCACUCAGUUCUCAUAGAGCGCUUCAACAAGCAAGUCAACUUCACAGUGGACAAGCACACCCAGCAUUUCCGAACAAAGGGGGAUUCGGAUCACUUGGAUAUUGAUUAUGAGCUCAGUUUUGGAGGGAUCCCUGUCCCAGGAAAACCAGGGACCUUUCAGAGGAAAAAUUUCCACGGGUGCAUUGAGAACCUUUAUUACAACGGAGUCAACGUAAUUGACCUGGCAAAAAGGCGCAAACCUCAGAUCUAUACCGUGGGGAAUGUGACCUUUUUAUGCUCAGAACCACAAAUUGUUCCUAUCACCUUUAUCAGCGCCAGCCAAAGCUACUUGCUGCUACCCGGCACUCCUCAAAUAGAUGGUUUGUCAGUCAGUUUCCAGUUUCGAACAUGGAAUAAAGAUGGCUUACUUUUGUUCACCAAAUUGUCUGAAAAUUCAGGACCUCUCUUGGUUUAUCUCCGUGGUGGAAGAUUGACACUACUUAUUCAGAAAGAGACAGAGAACCCAGUGGAAAUCAGUGAAGGCACCAAUCUCCACGAUGGGCUUUGGCAUUCUGUUAACAUCAAUGCCAGAAGACAUCGCAUUACCCUGACACUGGAUAACAACGCUGCCACUGCUAGCCAUGCAACCACUGUCUCAAGGAUCUACUCUGGGGACAGCUACUAUUUUGGAGGAUGCCCUGACAAUUUCACCGAUUCCCAAUGUUUAAAUCCCAUUACUGCUUUUCAAGGCUGUAUGAGGCUCAUCUUUAUUGAUAACCAGCCCAAGGACCUCAUUUUAGUUCAGCAAGGCUCCCUGGGGAAUUUCAGUGAUUUACACAUUGAUCUAUGUGGCAUCAAAGACAGAUGUUUACCCAACUACUGUGAACAUGGAGGAAAAUGCUCUCAGUCCUGGACCACCUUUUACUGUGACUGUAAUGAUACAGGCUACAUGGGAGCUACUUGCCAUAAUUCUGUCUAUGAACAAUCUUGUGAGGCUUACCGACACCAGGGGAAGACAUCAGGUUUCUUCUACAUCGAUUCUGAUGGGAGUGGACCACUUGGACCACUCCAUGUUUUUUGCAAUAUAACAGGUAAUGACCUAACCUUGUCUUUGGUGGUUUAUGUUGACUCUAAUAUUACUGAUAUGUUUAUCAUUAUACUACUAAGAAGACCUCACAAUCAUAGGUUUCUCAGUAGUGGGGAAAAAAGCAGAGAACUGAUGUCUCAUCUGAGGCACGAAGAG